AUGAUGUUGGCCAUUUCAGCUGAAGGGGUUAAAUAUGGUGGUCCUGGAGAUGAGUGGAAAGUUGAGGUUGUAUGUGGAGUUCAUAACCAUCAUUCUGCUGAGUAUCUUGAAGGACAUUCAUAUGCAGGACGGUUAAGUAAGGAAGAAAACAACUUGCUGAUGGAUAUGUCUAAAAGCUUAGUGAGGCCAAAAGAUAUAUUAUACACCAUUAAACGACGAGAUGGCAAAAAUGUAACAACAAUGAAGGCAAUUUACAAUGAUAGACACAAAAGCAGAGUGGUUGAGAAAGCUAGUAGAUCUGAGAUGCAACUAUUGCUAUGUAGACUAUCUGAUCACAAAUAUAUUCAUUGGCAUAGGACUGAUGACACCAAUUGUAGUGUUGAAAGUAAGCGUGAGGUUGCGUAUCGCUUGGAUUAUUUUGAUGAUUACCUUUUAGAAGAUAGAUGGAUGCUCAUACCAGAAAUGGGUUACCUUAUUGCAAAUUGUUACAAUGUGGUCUUGAUGCAUUUUUCAAAUGCCAUAUCUCUUAUGUUUCUACCAACGGAAAGUCAUCCUUUGCCUGAAUAUCAACGUCGGGAAAUUUCUAUCGGAUUGGUUGAAAAACACUUUGUGCAACUAUACUUGCAACCACACCAUCCUAUGCCAUCUGUUAUCAAUCGUCGGCUUGAUAUUUCCAACCUCAAAGCAUUUGAUUGGUAUAGUCCAUAUCGAGAUCGCAUUGACAAUUGGAAAGAGCUUACUGGUUCAUUUGAUGUACAUCUUGAUGUAUAUUGA